CGUUCUAAGCCCUCUGCUUUUAGGCGUACAUUUAAUGCACUGCGUAAUCGAUUAACGAGGCGAAGCCGUCCCAAACCGCCAGACUGGUUUUUAGAGAAAUUUUCUAACACCACAAAUACGGAUAAAAUUGGAAAAACUGAGGCGAACACAAAUCCUCAAGGCUCCACUUCGAAUGAUGAUGGACUGGCAUUUGAAAUACGCGGCACAAGCUUACUAUGUAAUCGUUUGUCAGUUAAUACUGCUUUAGAAUCACAUUAUAGGUGGCUUGCAGUCGUUUCUUUAGCUGUUUUAUAUAAUUUAAUUUUUGUUGUUUGGCGAUCUGUAUUUUGGGAAGUAAAUAACCAUGCAACUGGUCUUUGGUAUGUCUUGGACUACUUAUGUGAUUUUAUUUAUAUUGUAGACAUAUUGGUUCAUAUGCACGAAGGUUACUUGGAUCAAGGUCUUCUAGUACGCGAUGCAUAUAAAUUAAGACGUCAUUACUUCAGUCAGAAAGGUUGGAUAAUUGAUUUCCUUUCCGUGUUUCCUACAGAUUUAAUGUAUAUACUGUGGCCCCCACAUUCUUGCAAUGAGACAUUUUUACCAUGUCCGAUUAUCAUACGGUUAAAUCGUCUCUUACGAGUGCCACGUAUGUGGGAAUGGUUUGAUCGUACAGAAACUGCAACAAGCUAUCCGAAUGUAUUUCGCAUAUGCAAAGUUGUGCUGGCAAUAUUGGUGCUGAUUCAUUGGAAUGCUUGCAUGUAUUUCGCUAUCAGUUAUGAAAUCGGCUUCAGUACAGACAAUUGGAUACUGAUAACACAAGCUUCAUCAAUACCAGAUCCAGUGGUAAGAUUUAGGGUACAUAAAGGUGUUCCCUCUCUUUGCAAGAAGGGAAAAAUUUCAUCCCAAUGGAUUAUUGUAAAUGUUUUAGCUCCUUUUUCUCUAACAGCAAUUUGUUUUCUCUGCAUAGUGGUGAAAUUUGUAGCAUAA